CUGAAUUGAAUGGUCCAGACCUCUUACUGGUUCAACACUUAAUGGUUCAGACCUCUUACUGGUUCAGCACUUACUCAUUCAGAAAUUGCCAAACAGUCCUUAAGUCUAUGAACAACCUACUAGGGAUUUACCCUCAUAUGGUUUGCAAGAUCCAACCGGGAAGUAGAUCACAUAUUCACAUGUAAAACCUGAGAUCGCUAAAAAGAAACGGAUUUUUAGAGAACGCUGACUGGCACUUCUUCCUUCACAUGAAUCACCCUCUCCAAUUCACCGUUUUUUAUAUCACCGAAUGCAUUCUCACAAGUCCACCGAAAACCAUUUGUAGAUCUCUCUUUCUCUCUCUCUCUCUUUUCCUUCUUCUCUCCGACCCUUUUCUUGAAAAUGCAAAGCCCUUCUUAGAGCUGCUGUUCUUCAGUUAUUGUGUUGGUUUCUCGGGGAAUUAGUUGGAAAAGUUGGGAACUUUGCAUUAAUUGGAUGGAAUCUGGGAGUGUUGUAGAAACCCUAGGUGGUGAUGGCUGUGUGGAGCUCACAUUGGGGGUGGAGGAGGAGAGUCAUUCAAUAGGUGAUGACAAGUUGGGAGAUGAACCGAAAGAGGUUUCGGAUGAACGGAUUUCCCUGGUUGUGGAUGUUUUCGGCCCGGGGAACGGAAUCUGUCAGAAGGGAGAUGGCAGCAGUGGCCCAGAACACAAGUUCAAUGUGGGUGAUUUGGUAUGGGUGAGAACCAAGUCGUCGCUAUGGUGGCCCGGAAUCGUGUCCGACCCGUCGGAUGAAACGGGUCCCGUUCUCGUCAAACAUUUCGGGAACAUCAUAUCAUCCCGUUGCCCCUCCUCUCAGUUGAAGCCCUUCGUCGACAGUUUCGACCAAAUGCUGCUACAGUCCAGCUCUAGAAGCUUCCGAGGAGCAGUAGAAAAGGCUGUGAUCGAGGUAGGUCACCGCAUACACCAGCAGAUGUCGUGUUCUUGUUUUUCUCCCCCAAAAGAGAACAAAAAACCGACCCAUAGGGGCAAAAUCGACUUUUUCUCCGCAUCCGAAUUCGACCCCACAAAGUUUCUUGAAGCCAUAAGGUUAAAAGCCGUGGACGUUUCUUUCCCCGGUGGCAUUGAGUUUGCUGUCAUGAAAAAUUGCCUAUCUGCCUUUUACUCAUCUCUCGGGCAUAAGCAACUGUCGGUGCAUAAACUCAGGCCGAGAAACGAGGGCAGUUUUGGCAAUGAUGCAAAGGGCAGUUUGGGCAACGAUGCAAAGAAGGAAGAAGAACUGGGGGACAUUGGGGAGAGCUCCGAAGAGAGAGACGAAAAAUCUGCGGAUUUGAGAGAAAGGAAGAAAAGCAAAUACCUUUCCUACCCCUAUGUCAACAGUUGGAACAAGAAGGUCAGUUCCACUUCUCAAGAAGGGGAAACCGGACCGAAAGAUCCGGAAACGGAGUCAAAGAAACCGGUUUCCGAGCAGUCUUCCGGAAACCUCACAGCCAGAAGAACCCCUAGGAGGAAAUCUAGAAGCUUCAAGAGCUUAUAUGGGACACUGGAGAGCGUUGGUCACUCGCCUUUGACCGAAAUGGUCAAAACUCUCAACUCGACGGCGCGUGACUGUCUUUAUCCUAUGGGAAGUAAAGAUUCGGUUUCGGCAUUGGGUUUCUUUUAUAACUUCAGAAAGUUCUCUUUUUUGAACAAGCAAGUGAAGGAGAAGAGCUCAGAAGGGAACAUGUCAACAACCAAAGGGGGGAAAGUUCAAAAGAAGAUGAAGAAGAAGAAGAUGGAAGGGAGUAAAACAUCCCCUGAGAUUGGAGUGAUCCAUGGGUUGCCGGAUAUGAACGGUGGCGGCAUGAGACUCUCGGUUGAGAAUAUGGAGGUGACCGGACCGGAUACGUCGAGGGGUAAACUCAAACCGAUGAGGGCUAAAAACAAGGGCGUGGUUCUUGAAAUGGGCCCACGCCCUGCCCCGAACGGUGGGCCUUGGAACGAAGGCCCAUCGCUUUCUUGGAGAGCCGGGCCCAGGAAGAGAAAGAGAAUGGAGGAAGCGCUUUCGACGGCGGUGGGGCCCGCGGGUGUACCGGAUUUGAAUGGAAAGGGUUUGGCGGAUUCAAGUGGUGGCCAUGCAUCUGUGGGCCAACCCCAACAAGAGAAGAAGAGGAGGAGGAGGAGGAGCAAGUCUGACACUGGUGGGGCCACACUGCUCUUGAACUUUGCUCCGGGGCAUGCUCUGCCUUCUAAAGAAUCUCUGGUCGCGACGUUCAUGAAGUUCGGUCAGGUUUCGGAGCCCGAAACGCAGUUCACGGGCGAAUCUAGCGCCCGCGUCAUCUUUACGCGGAUGUCCGAUGCAGAAGGAGCAUGUAAGAGCUUAGAAACUUCGGGCAGCCCGUUCGGGCCCGCCCUUGCCAGCGUCAGUACGGUUCCUCCUCCCGGAAAGAGUGCCAAGCCCCAGAAAGCCGCGGGGGCCACACUUCUCUUGAAUUUCGCUCCUGGCCAUCCUCUGCCGUCGAAAGAAUCUCUGAACGAGACGUUCAUGAAGUGGGGCCCACUCGUGGAGUCCGAAACCCAGUUCGUGACCGAUUCCAGCGCCCGGAUCGUCUUCGCUGGGAGCGGUUGUGCAGAAGUAGCAUGCCUGGGUCUACAGAAGAGCAACCCGUUGGGACCCGCACUUGCUAGUUACAGUCUGGUCCCGAAACCCCCUCGGCGCAAGAGGACCCCGAAGUCACCUAACGUGGGCCCACCCGCCGGGGGGAGCACGCUUCUAUUGAGUUUCUUCCCCGGACAUCCCCUCCCAACUAAACAAUCUCUCAUUUCAGCAUUUGCGAAAUUCGGUCCGGUCUCAGAGCCCGCGACCCAGUUCACAAGUGAAUCCACUGCCCGGGUCAUCUUUAUCCGAGCCAGUGAUGCCGAAGCAGCUUGUAAGAGUUUGGAGACAAACAAUCCGUUUGGGCCCGCACUCGCCACCUUCCGGGUGCAUUGUCCUGCACUGGUCAUUAACAAUGCAGUGGUCAAUAAGGCAACAACGGUUGGGACCCAAAAAACCACCGUUUGGCACGCAAACAGCCCGAUCCACCCGGUACCACUGCCCCGAAACGGCGAGGGCCCGAACAAUGGAGUGGCCAAUAAGGCAACAGCGUUGAGCAAUAACAACACCGGGGCCCACAAAAACACUGUUUUGCCCGCGGGCAGCCCGAACCUCCCGGGACCACCGCCCCGAAACGGAGAGGGGCCCGUUGACAUUGUGUACAUGAAAAAGAAUCUGGAAAUGAUGAGAUCAGUGCUGGAGAAAGAAGGGGACAACAUCGACCCGGGAAUGAAAGCCAAGCUAGAAUCCAAUAUUGAGUCCUUCCUCAAGAAACUAAACGCCAUGGCUGGUUCGUCUUCUUCGUCCUCAUAGAAGUAUAUAUAUAAUAUUAUAUAUGCCCUUUGCUGCAUUUGCUUUGGGAUCGUGCUUGGGUACCCCAAGUGGAUCCCACUUUCUCACAGACAUUUCACAUGUAGCCUUUAUGGAGUGUCUGUCAGAAAGGUGGGGUCGGGUCAGACUUGGGGUACCCCAAGUGGAUCCCACUUUCUCACAGACAUUUCACAUGUAGCCUUUAUGGAGUGUCUGUCAGAAAGGUGGGGUCGGGUCAGACUUGGGGUACCUCAAGCGCAACUCUUUGCUUUGUGGCUCAAAAGAAUCGCGAUGGGGCGGGAAAAGAACUUUGAAAAUGUCGAUAAAAAAGUCGUGUCUCUUUAGUUUUUGUUCUUGAUGUCAUUAUUGUCUGUUGGGGAACAUUGGGGUUUUUUUUCUUCUUCUUUGAAUUGGUUAUAAACAUCCCCUUAGGUUUAUCAAGAAAGUGUUGUGCAAUAAACAUAUUGGUAUAGGGGUUUUAGUGUUUUGCCUUUUCCAAGACACAUUGUAGGUGUGAUGGGUAUUGUGCAAAUGUUAUGUUGUAACAACAGAUGUCAAAUGUAGUAGUAGAAAAAACAUUGAUAAUUUGU